AUGUCGGCCGUCUCGGUGUCAGCCAUGAAUCCCCAGGGUCAGGGAGUACGCCAAUCCGCUCGCCAAACUCGUACCAACCCCUCUCGAACCUCCAAAACUAUCGGUCGGUCAUCUUUCGGGUUCGGUCGAGGCUCGACGGUCGACAUUCCUUCCACUCCCCCUGUUCCUGUUGGGUUCUACCCUGCCCUCACCCAUUUUACCGAUGCGAUCACCGCCCUCCCGCGCGAGUUUCGCCGACACAAUUCAUUGUUGAAGGAAGUCGACGCUAAGGCAUGGGCGCUCGAAGAAAAUUUGCUUGAGUUACUGCAGGAUUCCUCUGAGUCGCAACCUGUCCCUCAUCCUCCCCACCCGGCGCCCAUUGUCGGUGGGGUGAUUCGGGAGGAUGUCUUGCCAAAGGAGCUUUCUCAGCCUCCCGAGUUGCCCGAGAGCAAAAACCGCCGACUCCUCUUCGAUCGCGUACGGCAAAGCCUCUCCGAUCUCAUGAUGACUACCGACGAAAAGAACCAUGUCAUUUCCAACGCGAAUGAAGAAAUGGACCGUCAAAUCGUCCGCCUGGAUACCGUUUUCCCGUACAUCGCGGGUGAGAUAAGCGACGAGGCUCGUCUGGGUAGUCUGUCACAUUGGGCCUACUCUAAUAAGAGUGCUGCGAAGGCCGCGACCAACGAGCGGCCGCGCCGUGAAGCUGUGAACCAGCGACAGGACUUGGUGCACGCGCUGCACGAGGCUGAAGCCGCCAGUCGCAGCGAGCUACGGCGCGAAGCUGUCCUGGCGCGCAAGAAGGAACGUCGGGGGAACGUCGAUGCGGACUAUGAGGAUACUCGCGCCCCUCGCAAGGCGAAUACCGCCAGAUCCCGAGGAGAUAACGCAACGGCAGAUCAAAGCGCCGCAGCCAAGCGCCGGAAGGUGGAACGACCUGCGGCAAUGGAUCUGGGCACACCCAUGGAGCGCACCGUCAGCGGCGCAGGAAGCCAGCGGGUUUCAUCCAAGGAUGGUGCAGAGAAGAAGCGAUCUCGCGCGCCCAACCCCAAUGCCGCUGCAGCGCGGAAAAAGACCAAUGCCACAUCCAAUGCCGGAUCUCCUGUAUUAGCACCUUCUCCUCUUAUCGGAACUUUCAAUGCCCCGCGCGGUGCCGCCAGCCCUGGGCCCAACCCAGCACGACCGCAAUCUUCCAGAACUCAGCAAAAUGCUGGACAGACCAGCAACGCUCGACAGCGGCCUUCAUCAUCAGCCUCAAAUCGCCUUGGCCAACCUAAUGCCUUCAAACCCUCCGACCCCAGAUCCACACCUCGCGACGGACCCCUCAAGAACGAAGUCCCUAUCCCAGAUGGACGAGAUUACGACGAAAGCAGCCGAACAUCAGUACCAGCAGGAAGCAAACGCGACGACAUGGACGGGCGACCCAUUGACUCCCACGAGUCCGAAACAAGCAAAGGGCGAAACUCCAAGACCUCAACACCCAUCCUCUCCACAUUCGCCGAAACUCAGCCUCGCGCGCGGCCAACGCGAAGUAACGACCCGGCACCCAAGCGCAACGCGAAGAAACCCGCAAUCCCGGUACCCGCCAUCCCCUCCGAUGAAGAGUCCCUCCAUGAAGGCGACGACGAAGACGAGGAUGGUGAGCCCCGGUACUGCUACUGCGAUCAGGUCAGUUUUGGCGAGAUGGUUGCGUGCGAUAAUGACGCCUGUCCGCGCGAAUGGUUCCACCUGUCGUGUGUGGGGUUGACCAAACCGCCUGGGAAGAAUGUGAAAUGGUUUUGCAACGAAUGCAAAGAGAAUAUGCGACGGAGUCGCAACGGGCGGUAA